GAGAAAGGGUAUGGGAGGGGGGGUGAUGGUCUUCUCUCUCUUCAGCUGAGAUCUCUAGAUACGUACUCCAUUUCGGUAAAUUUGUUCCGAUCUCGGCCUCUUGCUGUUUUCUCUAAAUUUUCCUGAUUUUUUUUCUGUUAGUUUUUUUUUAUUUUUUUGGGUAAAGUUUGCAACUGAGCCUGGACCCAGAUCAGAUCUAAUUGGAAAGAUGCUUCCUUUUAGUGGUUUUAGGGGGUUUCAGGAUCUUUGCUCACUUGGGUGGGGAGAAAGUUGGGGUUUUGAUUGAUAUUUAUGGUAUGAUCUGGGUGAUUUCUUCCAAAUGAUUUGCGUCUUUUGCAUUAUUUGAGGAGGGACGAGCUGUGGGGUUGAGAUUAUGAUCAUGCGUAAAUUCUCAAACGGGUUCAGGUAGAGAUAACGGGUUCUCUUGCUGUUUUUUGAUAAUUGUUCUGCGAUUGUUGGUGGGUGGGCUGACGAUCUCCUGCUUUUUUUUUUCUUCCCGAAAGGAAUCUAGCUUUAGAUCUGAGCAAAUACUGCUGUCUCAUACCCCCUAGCCCUAGAAAGAAUUGAGUCUCCAUGCCAUUUUCAACUGUCAUGACUUACUUCCCUGAAGAGGUGGUUGAGCACAUCUUCUCCUUCCUCGAAUCCCACCGGGACCGGAAUGCGGUCUCGGUGGUCUGCAAGAUUUGGUACAAGAUUGAGAGGCUUAGCCGGAGAUCGGUUUUCAUUGGGAAUUGUUAUUCGGUGAGGCCUGAGAGGGCAAUGGAGAGAUUUCCGGAGGUGAAAUCAUUGAGUGUGAAGGGGAAACCGCAUUUCGCGGACUUCAACAUGGUCCCGCAUGGAUGGGGAGGGUUUGCGGGGCCCUGGAUUGAGGCGGCGGUAAGGCAGUGCCCGGGAUUGGAGGAGCUGAGGUUGAAGAGGAUGGUGGUUUCUGACGAGAAUCUUAAGCUCCUUGCUCUCUCGUUUCCUAAUUUUAAGGCUCUUGUGCUUGAUAGUUGUGAAGGGUUCAGCACUGAUGGGCUUGCCUCAAUUGCGACUCAUUGCAGGUACCUUAGGGAGCUGGACUUGCAGGAAAAUGAGGUAGAGGAUCAUGGGCCAAAAUGGCUCACUUGCUUUCCUGAUUCCUGCACUUCCCUUGUUUCCCUUAACUUUGCCUGCCUAAAAGGGGAAGUAAAUGCUGCAUCUCUUGAGAGGCUCAUCGCAAGAUCCCCCAACCUCAAAAGCUUGAGGCUUAAUCGAGCAGUAUCCACCGAAACUCUCUCCAAGAUCCUUCUAAAAGCUCCUCAGCUUGUUGACUUAGGCACCGGCUCUUUCACUCUUGAUCACCGCUCUGAAGCUUAUCAUAGGCUCUUAAAUGCUUUUAUUAAGUGCAAGUCCAUUCGUAGCUUGUCCGGGUUUUGGGAUGCCUCUCCUCGAUGCUUGUUGGCAGUCUAUCCUAUUUGUUGGAAGCUCACGUCGCUAAACUUGAGCUAUGCUCCGGCAAUCCAGGGUGCAGAUCUUAUCAAGCUCAUUCGCCAGUGUCACAAGCUUCAACGGCUUUGGGUUUUGGAUAGCAUCGGGGACAAAGGAUUAGCCGUUGUUGCUACUACCUGUAAAGAGUUGCAAGAACUGAGGGUAUUUCCAUUGGGCGUUGGUAACGCCGCGGUAACAGAAGAAGGGUUGGUUUCAGUAUCUUCUGGUUGCUCAAAACUGAACUCUUUGCUCUACUUUUGCGAUCAAAUGACAAAUGCUGCACUUGAAACCGUCGCCAAAAACUGCCCUAAUUUCAUACGCUUCAGGCUAUGCAUCCUUGAUCCAAAGAAACCCGACCCGGUUACUCACCAACCAUUAGAUGAGGGGUUUGGAGCCAUCGUCCAAUCUUGCAAGAGUCUAAGGAGACUCUCACUCUCUGGCCUUCUAACCGACAAAGUCUUCUUGUAUAUUGGAAUGUACGCAGAAAAGCUUGAGAUGCUUUCAGUUGCCUUUGCAGGCGACAGUGAUAAAGGAAUGGUGUAUGUGCUCAACGGAUGCAAGAAUUUGAGAAAGCUUGAGAUUAGGGAUAGCCCAUUUGGGGACGCAGCGGUUCUUGAGGAUGUAGGGAAGUAUGAGACAAUGCGAUCCCUUUGGAUGUCGGCUUGUGAUGUUACUUUAGGGGGUUGCAAGUUUUUAGCUUCAAAAAUGCCGAUGCUCAACGUUGAGGUGAUGAACGAAGGGGAGGACGAUGGGGAUGACGAGACGGAUGAGGUUGUUGGCGAUAUUCAGAAGGCAAAGGCGAAGAAGAUGUAUGUUUACCGCACGUUGGCAGGGCCUAGAGAGGAUGCGCCGGAUUUUGUGUGGACUUUGUAGAAAAUUUUGGUGCGGCUAGAGUUCGAUUCGGGGAUUUGACAGUGUUUGUUUCCUGUUGGAUGUUGUUUUAUGUAGUCUUUAGUUUAUUUGUUUUUCGGACUGAAGGAAGCUAGUUGAUGUAAUUUCUUUCCCUGGAAACCUAAACAUUUGCGGUCUUUAUGAAAUAUUUCUCGGUAUUUCUAUUCACA